ACGCAGAAACGUGAUUUUUGCUGGGGGCGCGUGCCCUUUCUCCCAGUAGGCCCCACCUUCUGCUGAAAUAUAAAGACAGACUCGAGCGAGCGAUCCUGUGGCACACACUUACAUGAUAUCUGUUUAGUCACUCAAAGUUGAGAAGUGGCGGUUUCUUUUCUCUGUGAAAAUGUCUGGAAAGAUCGUGUUGCAUUACUUCGAUGGAAGAGGGAAAAUGGAGUCAGUCCGGUGGCUUUUGGCUGCAGCUGGAGUUGAGUUUGAGGAAGUGUUUUUAACCAAAAGGGAGCAGUUUGAAAAGUUGAUCAAUGAUGGAGCCCUGAUGUUUAACCAGGUGCCUUUGGUUGAGAUCGAUGGAAUGCAGCUUGUGCAGACAAAGGCUAUCUUGAACUACAUUGCUGGAAAAUACAACCUCUACGGAAAGGACCUUAAAGAGCGGGCUAUGAUUGACAUGUAUGUUGAAGGAAUCGGUGACUUAAUGGAUUUGUUUGCAGUUUUGCCAUUCUUACCACCUGACAACAAGCAGAAACAGCUUGCAAACAUAGAGAGCAAGGCGAAAGACCGCUUGCUUCAGUUGUUUGAAAAGGCUCUUGCACACGGUGAGUUCCUUGUGGGAAACCAGUUAAGCCGUGCUGAUGUUCUUCUCCUUGAGAUCACACUGAUGUUGCAAGAACUAUUCCCUGAAAUACUUUCAACAUUUCCCAAACUCCAGGAAUUCCAGGGCAGAAUAAAGGCUAUACCAACAAUCAGAAAGUUCCUCCAGCCUGGCAGUGCAAGAAAACCCCCAUCUGAUGAGGCUUAUGUGAAAACUGUAAAGGAAGUGUUGAGCCAUUUAUUUAAAUAGGAGGCCCAUUAA